AUGGAAUUAUUUAUCCCGACGUUGAAUUCUGAAAACCAAAGGUGCCGGGAACAUAGCCAGUAUUACUUGCGGGAGCUGAAAAAUUUCAGGCUGUGGGCUACUGAAAUGUUUGAUGCUACAGCAAAAUUUCCCAGUGGCGUACUGCACGGUUCCAUUUACAGUUUGGGCAACUUCGACCAGUGCAUUGAAGUGAGAGUGCCUUAUAGGGAAGAGUUUACCGGAAAAUAUUGCUUGGCCAAAUUUACGGUGAAACCUCCUGAUUAUUUAGGCCUCAAUCACGAUAUAGAUUACGUCCGUGAUAAUUAUGAAGAGUAUUUUAACAUCUCCACUUGGGAAAAGAUCACAGUAUUCUCCCAAGACGUGUCAAAAGGAUCAAGAAACGAUCUGUAUUUGUCAUUUUGCUUGCCAUCUUCAUGUACCAAUAAAGAUUUGGAAAACUCUUUGGAAAGACUAAUCAUUAAUUACGACAGCAUCAUCGACUUUGAGGUGACUGUGGAUGUAGACGAAAGAAGUUGUCAAGUUGUGGAAAAACUGCGUUUCACUACCGCUGAUAUUGUUUUCAUUGCUAUCAUUACUAUAUUCGUAGUAAUAGUUAUAUUUGCUUCUGUAUAUCAUUUGGCAACAGAAAUGGACAACAUGGACCAUUACAAAGUUUCUCGUAAAUUUCAUAAAAUAAUCAUGUGCUUUUCGUUUCCGCAUAAUAUGAAAAAGUUGGCAUCUAAAAGUACGAAUGAAGAUGGACUGGAUUGCAUAUCUGGACUGAAAACCUUGUCAAUGUGUUUUAUAAUAAUGGGGCACAGAUGUAUGUUCACUUUUGGUUCUCCGAUGACGAACCCAAAGUUUAUAGAAGAGAUGUAUACCAGAGUAGAAGCAACGGUAUUCCUAAAUGGACCCAUAAUAGUCGAUACGUUUUUUGUAAUUUCUGGGUUUCUAGCGACGUAUCUGAUUAUACACUUUUUCGAAAAACACAAAUUUAAUGCGAACAUACUCAUGAUUUAUCUUCACAGAAUAAUUAGGAUGCUGCCAGCGUAUGUCAUAGUUCUGGCAUUUUACUGCACCUUGUUCGUCAAGAUUGGGUCUGGACCGUUUUGGCAGGAAAGGGUGGGAUUGGAACAAGAAAGGUGUCUGCAAAGUUGGUGGACGAACUUGUUACAUAUAAACAAUUACGCAAUGGUUGACAAACUAUGUAUGUUUCAAUCUUGGUACCUGACAUGUGACAUGCAUUAUUUUCUUUGCGUGCCUCUACUUGUUUGGCUAUUACGAAAAAAACCAACAGCCGGCAUAUUAACCGUAGCCAGCCUAAUCAUCUCGUCUAUCUUCGCCGUUUUUGUUACUGUUUACGUUAAUAAUGAAGAUGGAAUCCUGCUUCUCUAUAUAAAGUUGCUUAAGGACCCAGUUCUAAAUAAAACAUUUAGGAACAUUUACAUACCCUCGCAUUUGAGAGCCAGUCCUUACCUUCUAGGGAUAAUAACAGCGUAUAUAAAAUACCAAAUGAAAAUUACCAACUACAAAAUGCCCAAACAUGUUUUAUACGUUGGGUGGAUGAUGUGUGUGGUUGUCGUUUCCAUAACAGUGUACACUGCGUUUGUGUUUUACAUACCUGGUUACCCUCACGACACGAUUUUUUCCGCUUUCUACGCUUCAUUGCAUCACUUUACGUUCAGCCUUUGCAUGUCUUGGAUUAUCAUUGCAGUUUCAUCAGGGAAUGGAGCCUGGAUCGAACCAAUUCUUUCAUGGAAACCCCUAAUAUUCUUAAGCAGAAUAACUUAUACUGCAUUUUUAUCACACGGUGCAGUACAAAUAACCACCUCUGCUAUUAUGAGGGUUCCUAGAUAUGUUGGAGUGUUUAAUAUUUUAUACGACACUUGCGGCGAUAUAGUUGUUUCAUACGUUAUUGGUUUCAUUUUAACGAUGUACUUCGAGGCUCCGAUCAUAGGAUUGGAAAAGAUCAUCUUUAAGAGAGAAGACAAGACUUAUAUUUCAAAAGCAGUAGCAAAAAGCAAGAUUUCUGAAACAGUGGUUAUAAGUGUACCAAAAAUUAAGGCAAUUAGUUGAUAGGAUGACCAAUAAUAGCACUUUUCAUACAGAUGUAUGAAAUAUUUUG